AUGAAGCUCUCCCUCUCCAUUUCCCUCACUUCCUUCUCUCUCUUCUUCUUCUUCUUCCUCCUCAUUGUCAGUGUCUCGUCUGAAGAGCGUGCUAGCACCCCGCCAAGAGGUUGGAAUUCUUAUGAUUCCUAUUCCUGGAUCAUCUCCGAAGAAGAGUUUCUGCAAAAUGCCGAGAUCCUAUCCCAGAAGCUACAUGCUCAUGGAUAUGAGUAUGUAGUUGUGGACUACCUUUGGUACCGAAGAAAAGUGCCAGGCGUUGGCACCGAUUCUCUGGGAUUUGAUGUGAUUGAUGAAUGGGGAAGGAUGAUCCCUGACCCAGAUCGAUGGCCUUCGUCUAGUGGUGGGAAAGGGUUCACCGAGGUUGCAAGUAAAGUCCAUAGCAUGGGACUGAAGUUCGGGAUACAUGUCAUGAGAGGAAUAAGCACGCAAGCUGUCUAUGCUAGCUCUCCUAUUCUGGAUACCACCACGGGACGUGCAUAUGAAGAGUCCGGUCGGGUUUGGCAUGCACAAGAUAUAGGGCUUACGGAAAAGACUUGUGCUUGGAUGCAACUUGGAUUUAUGAGUGUAAAUACUGACUUAGGAGCUGGAAAAGCUUUCUUGAGGUCGCUUUAUCAGCAAUAUGCAUCGUGGGGCGUUGAUUUCAUAAAAAAUGACUGUGUAUUUGGUAACGAUCUGAAUAUAAAUGAGAUCACCUACAUCUCCGAGGUUCUAAAGGAGCUUGACCGUCCCAUUCUGUAUUCUCUGUCUCCUGGAACUAGUGCGACGCCAGAUAUGGCAAAGGCUGUGAGUGGAUUGAGCAACAUGUACAGAAUUACUGGGGAUGAUUGGGAUGUAUGGGAACAUGUUGUGGCACAUUUUGAUGUGACGAGGGACUUCGCCGCUGCUAAAAUGAUCGGUUCCAGUGGCCUGUUGGGUACAUCAUGGCCUGACCUUGAUAUGCUACCACUGGGAUAUCUCACUGAUCCAGGUAAUAACAAUGGGCUUGUCUUAUUCUCCGAUAAACUUGAAGAGAUUCCACUGACUAGUGCAGGUUCAAAUGAAGGCCCUCAUAGGACAUGUAGGCUUACCAUAAAGGAGCAAAGAACUCAGGUGACUUUGUGGUCGAUCGCCAAGUCCCCCCUCAUGUUUGGUGGAGAUUUGAAGAACAUUGAUGAUACAACUUUCAGUCUAAUCACCAAUCCUACUCUGCUUGAGAUAAAUUCCUACAGCUCAAACAAUGUGGAGUUCCCAUAUAUCAGUGGGGCAGGUCCAAGUGGUAGAAAUUACGAGCGGUCUAGAAUGUACCCGACAAGAAUGGAAGAGUCAGUGGUAGAGGUUGUGGGUCUGACUAGUUGCAAAGAUCCAAAAGCAAGCGGAUGGCUGGUCGAAGAACUGGACCAAGAUUUGGAACGGAUCUGCUGGAAAAAGAACAUGGAGGGUAGACAUGGAGAACCUUUUUGUCUAUACAACAGAAAUUCUUCGGUCAAAUCAGACAAAGAGAUAACGUACGGGAGCCAAUAUCUGGGAACACUUCCCUCAUUAGCUUCUGAAAAUGCGGACUUCUGCUUAAAUGCUUCUCCAAGACGCAAAAUCACGUCUAGUGAGUUUACAAGAGGCUCAUUUUCGCGCUGCACAUGGAAUGCUAAUCAGAUGUGGGAGUUUCACAGUAACGGGACACUGAUAAGCAGCUAUUCUGGACAAUGCGCGAUAAUGAAAAAAGUCGAAGCUAAUGAUGUUGAUGCAGGAAUUCGCUCCUGGAUCGCAACUGGAAGAUCAGGAGAAAUAUAUCUAGCCUUUUUCAACCUAAAUCAAGAAGACAUGGUGAUAGCCGCGCAUGUCUCCGACCUGGCCAAGGGUCUUCCCGGUUGGAGCGUCACUUCUUGUACAGGCAAAGAAAUAUGGACGGACACCGACUACAUCCAACCGAUGAAUGACACAGUAGCAGCAAUGGUGGAUUCUCAUGAUUCCGCCCUAUUUGUCCUCAACUGUAAUUGAUUAGGACGAAUAGGUGCAAAUAAGAUUUUGGUUUCAAAUUCCUUCGAACUUUACGCCUGUUUACCAUCUUAACUUCAUCGGCAUCGUUGCGAAGAAUAAGUUUUGCUGAA